AUACAAUACACUCGUGACGUUUGAUGGUAUUUGUCAGUACGACACACUACUAACAGAACAAGAUUUGUUUUCCUUCCACCUUUUCAAAUUCUAGUGAAGUUAUAUUCUCAAAAUGUCAGGCUAUCAGAAAGCCAAGAUUGUGACUACAACAAGUAUAAAAACCACCACUGACCCCCAAACGAAGAAAACUACUGGUAGAGCCAAUACUAAUGUAACUCAAGUAGGACCCUGUGGCCCAUGUCCAUCGGGAUUGAGGCCACCAACACAAAUAAUGCGCGCACGGCCUACGGGUGGAGCAUGCAAGCCAACUUGUGGUGGUGCUGGCGGAGGAGGUCAAUCACGAGCAGAGCAACAAGGUAGGCCGAUGCCACCUUCCCGGCAACUGUUUCCCCAACGUCCUCCUGGAUUGCCAGCCCCAUCAUAUAUCCCAGCUACGAUAACGAGGCAACUGCCUCCGCGACCACCAUCUGGACUCCCUCAACGAUCUGGUCCCACAACGGUGCCUUGUGCAGCUAGGGCGGCAGCUCAAGGACAGCCUCAACAGCGACCUUCACAAAGCCGUUUGCCGCAAUCUGCAGGAUUUGCAUCAUCAACCCCUAUACCGUCAAGGAGUGGUAUUCCCAGACUUGGCACCAGGCCUCAGCCAUCUGGAAUAAGACCACCUGCUGUUAGAAGACCACAACCACCUCCUACAUUGGAUCAAAAGUUGGGAGAGCAGCUAUGCCAGCAGUCGAUUCUGAAUCCCGGCAAGAAAGUGACAGUGAAAAAUCAAAAGAAAGCAACCAUUUGUCCUGAAAGGAUAGACACACCAGCUGGUAGAGAGCAAGUGUUGCAGAAAGCGGUGCUGGAACAGAGGCUGGAAAGGGAUGAGGUCGGAGAAAAGAUGGUGAAGAGCCUUAAGGUGUCUGACUUGAACAAACAGAAGGGCAAGGUGAAUAUGAUGGAAGUGAAUAUACAACAAUUGGAUCCAAACUAUGCAAGGAUAGACGGAGGAAAAGAUGUAAUUGGAGUUACGAGCACAGUCUCAGUAACUCCCUCAUAUAAAACGUACUCCAGAGAGUGCGUAAGAGUAUCAACAGAGCCCACAGAGCCUGAGAUAGAAAUGUCACUAGAAGAAGUAGCGCAAAUGGUAGCAGAAGAAAAAGAAGAUGUCGAGAAUACAUUAAAAAUGGUCCCUCCAGAGCUUGUCUUGAUACCUGGAAGGUAUGAGAUGAAAAGACGUCUCCAUAGUCUACGAAUACAUUCAGAAUCUAUGGCAUUAUUGGAACAGUCUAUAAUCAACCCACAACCUACAGCGGAUGAGGCUCAAGCGGAACCGGCCCCGGAAAUAAUGGCGACAAUGAUGCACACUGUUGAAACAGGCGUGUCUCCUCAGUCUGCUCCAGAUGAAGUAUUCAAUACUUUAUUUCAAGAGAAUGCCAAUGAGCAUUUCAUAAAGUUGAGUUCUGUUUCACCUGGACCUAUGCAAGACGUGGUGGUUCCUGGAGAGAUGCCUAAGGACAUCCACAAAGAAGCCCUGUCAGGCGAAAUGGGAUCACUGGCCGAAAAGCUUGCGAAUGGAUCUCCACCCGAACAAGAUCUGUUCGACAAGAUGGUUGAAGAAAUGCAUAAGACUCCAGAAAAGGGUAAAAAUAAUCCAAGAAGUUUCCAGCCCAUAUCGGACGAAAAUUCACCUUGGGCAAACGCAGAACUGGAGCGUUUAGUGAACCUUGUGGGAGCAGAACCGGUAGAAGUGUUAGAUCCGUUUAACACAGAAGAAUUAGACAUCGAUGACCUCAUAAAGGAAAUGGGUAAUGGAGUGGACCUCUUCCUGGAUGCUAAUCCUGUGCAGUAUAUGUCUAGAGUUCAGUUAAGGGGAAGCCAGUUGCCCAGUUAUUUUCCAGGUAACUGAUACUGACCUUCACCGUGCCCAGUCCACACAGCUCACAGCAGUGCGGAAGCAAUUAUCGACUGUGACUUGUGACGCUCGUCCAUCGGAGGACCACGUCCCAUGUAUUCACACGCGACUGUUGGAGUUGAAGUUUUAAGGGUAAAUGAUACAUGGUAGCUCUUCCAGAUUUUCCAGAUUUGAUAAGGAUAGCGAGAAGCCCGGAUGAAGUAUUCGCUUCAGCUUGGAAGGCCGUACAGCCCAAGUACUUCCCUGAUGAUUCAAUGCAAGCUUUCGUUGCUUAACUCUGUAUGUGUUGAAAAUAUUCUGUUAAGGAAUGGAGAAAUAAAAUAAGUUUUUUGUUUAAUA